AUGGCCAUACUGAACAGAUUACCCAUUCGCGACAGACUCUUGCGUAUGGGAAUGGCCAUUGAAUCUAACAGAUGUCUGCUGUGUGGCAACGAGGCAGAGUCAAGAGAUCAUCUCUUCUUUGAAUGUCGAUUUGCUAAUGACUUAUGGGGUUCCAUUUUGGAGUUGUGUUGCAUUUCUCGUGUAGCUGGCAGGUGGGAUGGUGAAUUGGCUUGGGCUUCCCUUAUGCUCAAAGGCAAAUCCCUCAUUGUGAGAUUGCUCAAACUAGCUUGGUCUGGACACGUUUACAAUUUAUGGAAUGAGAGAAAUAACAGGUUGUAUGGGAGCGAUGCUAGAUCGAAUGAUGCAGUACUGGAAGACAUUAAGGAGACCAUACGAUUUCGGUUAGAAGGUAAAUGCUUCAAUAGGGCAGAUCCGUCUAACAAUGCCCUGUUUUUUGCUUCUUUGGGUAAUGAAAAUUGA